GCUCUGUCCUCGACGUCCGUCAACAAAGGGGGCAAACACAAAUCAUUCGGAGGACAACAAGACGGAAUAAUGGCGAUUUUCAGUACUUGGCCGUGCAAUUACGCAGAAUGCCGUUUGCCUUUUAAGUUGCAUAUUGUUCGACGAUCGGCGGAGGAGCAGCAGGAGGAGGAAAAGCGGAAAAGCGCGGAAAAACGGACGUUAGUGAAGUGGAGAGGAGUGGAGUCCGAGGAGUCGGAGGAGUGAAGUGCCACUGACAGUGGCAGUAAGUUACGGGCCAAGUUUCGCCGGAGUCGCCUUGUCGCUGGCGCAACUGGCAUAACUCAGAGCUGAUGAAAUAUGGAGCUGCUGCAGGCCCUCUGCUGCACGCUGCUCCUGCUUUUGGCCCGGAUGCAAGUUCUGCUCGCCGUCAGCUGGGAGGAUUGGUGGACAUACGAUGGCAUCUCCGGUCCUGCCUUCUGGGGCCUCAUCAAUCCGGAGUGGUCGCUCUGCAACAAGGGUCGUCGCCAGUCGCCGGUCAAUCUGGAGCCCCAGCGCCUGCUCUUCGAUCCCAACUUGAGGCCCAUGCACAUAGACAAGCACAGGAUAUCCGGACUGAUCACUAAUACGGGCCACAGCGUCAUCUUCACGGCCGGCAACGAUACGGUGGCCAACUACGAUGGCAUGCAGACGCCUGUGAACAUCUCCGGCGGACCGCUCUCGUACCGCUACCGCUUCCACGAGAUCCACAUGCACUACGGCCUGAACGACCAGUUCGGAUCGGAGCACAGCGUCGAGGGCUACACGUUCCCGGCGGAGAUACAAAUAUUCGGCUACAAUUCCCAGCUGUAUGCAAAUUUCUCAGAUGCCCUCAAUCGCGCCCAGGGCAUUGUGGGCGUCUCCAUUCUGCUGCAGCUUGGAGACCUCUCGAAUGCGGAGCUGCGCAUGCUUACUGAUCAGCUGGAGCGCAUUCGCUAUGGCGGCGAUGAGGCGUUUGUGAAGCGACUCUCGAUUCGCGGAUUGCUGCCGGAAACGGAUCACUAUAUGACCUACGAUGGAUCAACAACGGCACCAGCCUGCCACGAAACAGUCACUUGGGUGGUGCUCAACAAGCCCAUUUACAUAACAAAGCAACAGUUGCACGCCCUGCGCCGCCUGAUGCAGGGCAGCCCCGACCACCCGAAAGCGCCCCUGGGCAACAAUUACAGGCCGCCCCAGCCGCUGCUGCACCGGCCCAUUCGCACCAACAUUGACUUCAAGACGACGAAGACGAACGGCAAGGCCGCCUGCCCCACCAUGUACCGCGAGGUCUACUACAAAGCGACCAGUUGGAAACAGAACUAAAAGUCGGCGGCGUGAUGGCGUAACGUAACGUAACGUAUCGUAAGCGUAAGCGUAUGACGUAAGUAGCGAGCGGCGUGCAACAGGAGCUUCCACUAAACAUACAUAUAAACAAGGCGAUGCCGAGGGAAAAGAAAAGGGAAGGAUUGAAAGAAAAGGAUCACAAGGAAAUCAGUGCAGCAAAAUGGCGAUUGGAAAUACACACAAACCCACAC